UACCUUUCAGUCAUUUUCUUCUUCUCUCUCUUAGCCUCCCCACACCCAAGCGCUUUGGCUGCAGCCCUUUCCUUCAGAAGCAAAAGGAGUCCCCAGCUUCAAAACAGCUCAAGAUGGUACAGGGAAUGGAAGGCUUCCAGUUCCAGAACUGGGCUCUAACAUACAGCUCCAACCCGGAGCUUUACUUCCAACCCACCUCCAUAGAAGAGGUCAGGCAGAUCCUGGAACUAGCCAGGCAGCGUGGUAAAAAGGUGAAGGUGGUGGGGGGUGGACACUCUCCCUCAGACAUUGCCUGUACAGAGGACUUCAUGAUUCGGAUGGACAAGAUGAAUAAGGUUCUUGAGGUGGACAAAAAGAAGAGACAGGCUACGGUGGAAGCUGGGAUUUUUCUGUGUGACCUGAAUGAGGAAUUGGCCAGACAUGGUCUGGCUAUGUCAAAUUUAGGUGCAGUAGCAGAGGUUGCUGCUGCUGGGGUUAUUGGAACUGGCACUCACAACACAGGGAUAGAACAUGGAAUUCUGCCCACACAGGUGGUGGCUCUGACCCUGAUGACGGCAGGAGGAGAGAUCCUGAAGUGCUCCGACUCUCUGAACGAGGAGAUCUUUCAAGCAGCCAGACUCCACUUGGGCUCCCUCGGAGUCAUCCUUGACCUCACUAUCCAAUGCGUGCCAGCCUUCCGACUGCUCGAGCUGCAGUUCCCAUCCACACUCACAGAGGUUUUGGACAAUUUGGAUUUUCACAUGAAGAAGUCAGAGUAUUUUAGAUUCCUCUGGUUCCCACAUACAGAAAAUGUCCGGGUCAUCUACCAGGAUCGUACAGACAAGCCUGUGCAGAACACGUCCAGCUGGUUUUGGGGUUAUGCUGUUGGUUACCAUCUGUUAGAGUUCCUCCUUUGGGUCAGCACCUUCCUGCCCCGGAUGGUUCCCUGGAUCAAUCAGAUUUUCUUCAGCCUUCUCUCAAGCGGUAGGGAUGAGCGUGUCGACUGCAGCCACCGAAUCUUCACCUACGAGUGUCUCUUCAAGCAGCACGUCCAGGACUGGGCUGUCCCCAUGGGCAAGACAAAAGAGGCUUUGCUGCAGCUGAAGGCCUGGCUGGAAAAUAACCAGACUGUAGUAGCUCACUUCCCCGUGGAGGUGCGUUUCGCUCGGGGAGACAACAUUCUCCUCAGCCCCUGCUUCCAGAGAGACAGCUGCUACAUGAACAUCAUCAUGUACAGGCCCUAUGGAAAGGAGGUACCACGGGAUCAGUACUGGGCUGCCUAUGAAGAGAUCAUGCAGAACGCAGGAGGCAGACCACACUGGGCAAAGGCUCACAGUUGUACUCGCAAGGAUUUCCAGAGAAUGUAUCCCGGCUUCCAGAAAUUCUGUUCCAUACGGGAGCAGCUGGAUCCAACAGGAAUGUUCCUCAACUCCUACCUGGAGAAAGUGUUUUUCUGAAGAAAAAAGAAAUAAUAUUCCGACCAUUACUGAAUGAGAUUCUUGAAGCAGCUCAAACCUGACCUCCAAUCACUUUUAUUUUAAUGAAACCCAAUGACUUAGCACUAUUAAAACAUACCCUUCAAAUAAAUAAGCAGAAUUGAUUGUUCUUAUUUUUCCUUAUAUUCAUGUAACAAGCAGAGGCUGUUUGUGAACUGGCAAAGACAAUGAUGAAAUGGAUAAAUUAACAGUGUUAUUUGUCAUUUUAAGAAAAUCCAUCAUUCAUUUCAAAACUGGGUUUAGCAGGAAUGAUUUUUACAUGAACACAUUUAGAUUUAUUGUUUAUUAUUGAUUAUAUGCUCUAUUUGAGUUUAUGCAUAAUUUAUAAAUAUUUGUCUAGAGCACUUGUUGGUAGUUCAUUAACCAUUGUGCUCCAUGUAUGUUCAAAUCUGUACAAAACUGCUUUUCAAUAAACCUCCUUUUUUAAGUGUAAUACUUUUUGCAUGUAUAGACUGUAACCACACAAAUAUAUGAACAUAUGGUUCCUCUGUGACUAGUUACCGUUUUCUGUUUGUUACAUAAGUCCACAGUUUGUUUACAUUAAUUAAAAGUGUCUUCAGCUAAGAAAAACGUAUAAGAAAGUCAAGCAGACAAAAAUUUCAGCUAACACCUUCAGCACUGCGUUAAACCAGUAUUAUCCAGCAUUUACUUGCAGCACCUGGAGGUUAUGAAUAUAAUUUGCGAGCUACUGUGCAGCUCAGGGUGUGGAGAGAAGAUGUAAUGAUUGGGUAAUAUAUGGCAACACCCUGCCACCUUUUGUAGCUCAAAAGUGUCUGCAAACUUGAUUUAUUACUGGAAAUGGUCUUUAAAAAAGUAGUCCUUAAUAAACAGUCCUUAAGGUCUUGUGAAUAUAACCUAGUUAUCUUUCUGCAGUGCUACUGGAUACCAUAAUGAUACUUGCAGUAUAUUUCCAUCAGAAUUGCAUGAUUCAUUACAGUUAAAUACUGCACCUAAAUACAAAAUACUGAAUUUAAAGUUAUAAUACUGCAGUAUGCUUUUCAAAAUAAAUGAAUUCC